AUGUAUUGGAAGUUUAUUAUAAUAUCGUGUGUAUUGGGUUCGGUUUUGGGUGAAAAAGUUUUAUCUAGGAAACGGCGGUACGUGGCUUUUCCGGAGGGCUCGAGUUUUUCCUGUGCGGGCUGCAUGACUGUGGGUGUCAUAGGCCAACCAGCUCCAUCGUCCUCCCCCGGAACGUUCACUUUUGGCCUGAACUGGGGUAUAGCCUACGAGCUGCCCAAUAAUACAGAAACAGCAGCCUUCUACAGAAAGAAGAUCAGAAAACCGGUAGCCCAGCGCAGAAGUAGAAGAGAUUUGUAUGAGAAGUUGGAGCUUAUUAUGGACAAUAUGGGCUACAACGGCCGAGAGUGUAUAUUGAAGACUCUAUGUGAGACGACGCAACGAAUAGUGCCACACGGUGAAAACAUGGUGGAGGAGAUUUUCAGGACUUUGUUCACGUUACCGAUGGCCAAAGUUCUGCCCACGGAGCCCCUGGCUCAUACGAUUUACGACUCUGCCCACCGUCUGGGGGCCCUCCUCAACUCCUGUGACACGUACAAGUGCCCCCUUUCGUUGGUGGACUUGGCUAAGGGCUACUACAACGCCCCCGCCCCUAAAUCAAACACCGCGAUCCGCCCCUGGGCUCUUUUCAGCAGUAAUUUCGGAUAG